CAAAGAUGGCGCCUUGUAUGAUACAGUAACGCACUGCGUUUAUAUGUUGUAGAUGCAUUGUUUGUUUUAUUUCUCUGUGUGUGUUUGUGUAUGAGCGUGCUACAAAAAAAUUUUCCGUGUGUUUUCAUUUUGUUUUAUUGGAUUAAUCAUGGCCUCAACUUCUAAUGCAGUUCUGCCAGCGGAGCGUAAUAGCAGUCUCAUCGAACAAUUCUGUGCAGUUACUGGAGCAAACGAUGAAAAAGCAAAAAAAAUGUUGGAAGUGUGUAAUUGGAAUCUUGAAAUGGCAAUUAAUAUGCACGUAGAUUCUGAUUACCAGGAAAAUUCAUGUGCUGAUCCCUCUGUGAAUGGCAUAGCUGAAAAUGAUAUCCGAGCUCCUAUACCUCAAUCGAGAGCUGUGCUUGUUGAAGAAGAUAUCGGUUUUCACUAUGGUUUGAGAGGUAGAAAACGUAGGCCUCACUCCGUGUUUGAUGCUUUUCGAGAUUUUCAGGCAGAAGCUCAGAUACAAGAACAAAAUACAUUACAGGAAAACAACGAACAGAACAAAAAAAGACGAACAUUGGAAGAUUUGUAUCGUCCUCCACUGGACUUGAUGCACAGGGGUAAUUUCAGUACAGCAAGAGAUCAGGGCCAAGUAACUAACAAGUGGUUAAUGGUAAAUCUUCAAGACUCUCAAGAAUUCUCGUGCCAAGUGUUAAAUAGGGAUGUAUGGAGUAAUCAUGAUGUAAAAAAACUUGUUUCCCAGCAUUUCGUAUUCUGGCAAGUAUACAAUGACAGCAUUGACGGGGAAAAGUACAUACAAUUUUAUAAACCAGUUGAAUUUCCAUACAUUGCCAUCCUUGAUCCUAGAACUGGAGAAAAGUUAGUGACUUGGCAUCAUGUUGAUUCUACUACACUUUGUGAAUUGAUAGAGAGCUUUUUGAAAGAGCAUUCUACUCCCGAUGGUUCUAGUACCUCAAUUAAAAAUCAUUCUGCCACAUACAGUCUUUUAGAUCAGAGUGAAGAAGAACAGUUAAGAGCAGCCAUUGAAGCUUCUGUUAAAGAAAGUAAACUUAUAAAUAUUGAAGACAACGAUAGUGAUUUAGAGACAUUUGAUUCUGAUACAGAAAGUGCUGGAGACAAAAUUUCCUCUACAGUCAAUGCUAAUGUUUAUUCAGAUCAAUCCAAUGAUACUAUUGAUGUUGUAGGAAUUUCUGAAAGUAAUGACAAAGAUCCUACUCUGGCUGAAUGUUCAUGGAGGGACUUUAUAGGUGACGAAGAAGACCCCAAAUCUGAUCUUGUCCUUCGUCUACCUGAUGGUAAAAGGGAACAAGUAACCUGGCCAUGCUCAACAAAGCUUAAAUCUCUACUUUUAUUCAUUGAUGAAAUUGGAUACAGUCCAGACAAAUAUGAACUAGUAACAAAUUACCCUCGUCGCAAUUUGUGCCAAUUAGAUUUAUCAAAAUCAUUGAAAGAAGUUGACUUAUUUCCUCGUGAAAUGAUUUUUGUGCAACUGAAAACAUAAUUUCAAAAUUGAAAGGGUAUAUAAGAAAAUUGUGAAUCUUCGUUCUGCUUUACUAUGAAAAUAAUUGAUUCAGUCAUAAUAUAAAACCUCUCCAUAUUUUAUUCAAAGUCAUUAUUUGAUUAAUUGGGGUUUCACAUGCGCUCCUUUUUUUAAUGAUGAAGGCUUGUAUUUAUUGUAAUGUUUUAUAAUACAUACUUAAAUAUUUCUGUCAAAAUAAUAUAUUUUUUUUAAACAUGCUCAUAAAGUUUAAUGGUCUAAUAUUUUAUCAGUGCUCAAAAUAUGCUCUUAAAUAAUAAUGAAAAAAAAUUCAGUAUUUCUGGGAAUUUUGCUUUAAAACUAAAAGUAAUUUAUUAUUUUACGUAAGAUUUUUGAAGCAAUAUUGAUGUGAUUUUAAAAAUUGAUCUUGUAUUGAAUUGCAUGACCAGUGAGCUAAAGCCUAUAUUUGAGCUAUCUAUAAUUGUUUUUCUACUGUCUAUUGAUCCUCUUGGCAUCUAAACUGGCUUUUUUAAUGUUUACUUCCAGUUCAAUUUUUUUUAAUUGACAUUAAUAAAAUAUUCUGCAAAUAACAAAAGUGCAAUUAUUUGUAAAAACACUUGGUAAGGAUUCUAUAAUAUUCUUCGAUUCUAUGAUGAGAACAUAAAGAUUCUCUAAUAUUUAAUAAUGCUAUGUUUUAAAAGCCCUUUUCUCUGUUAUGUAAAGUCAAUAUGAAAUAAUUGACUUCCUGUAGGUGAAAUAUUGUCUGGGAUAAAGAAUUAAUAUCAAAGCUUAUUUAUGUGUAAACAUACCAUUUGAUCUAUGGGAUCGUAAUUAAAUUUUUUCUGCAUUUAUCUAUGUUCACUCCAUAUUUCUAAAUUUAAAAAAAAUCCUCUGUAAUUAUAAAUUUAUAAUAUCAUGUGAUGUCAUUUUAUCUUCUUAGUUAAUGAAAACUUUACGUAAUCUCAUCCUUAAACCUUUCAUCUCAUCCUCAAAUUCAUAAAAUAUUCUCAAAUGGUUGGAUAUUUACCAUGUUAAAUUGAAAACUAAAUUGGACAAACUAUCACCUGAAAAAACUUCAAAUUUGAUGGCCAUAUUAUGUUCUUAUGUUAAGCCUACUCUUUUUUUUUUAAUUCUUUUUAUUAAUGGAGAUAUUGUUGCAUUAAAAUUUAAUUUUUGGUUGUCUUAGUUUAUACAAUUUAAUUUACAGCUUGCUUAAAAAUAUUAUAAAUUAUAAUCAGGUUACAAAAUAUGAUAUUCUUGUUAAUUCAGUAUUCUGUUUUUAUAUAUAAAUGUCCUAGUAUAUUAAAACUUAAUGGGAAUUAUUACGCAUUUUACAAUUAAGGCAGGACAUUGGAUAUAUCUUAAACAAGGUAAGAUUUAAAAACAAGGUGCAAUUUCUUGCUAGUAAUGGCAAAAAGGUGACAACUUAGCUAAAACUCGCCAAAAUAAUUGCUGAGAAAAAAGAAAAAAAAAUUCAAUUUUGGGUCUUUAUUUUUAAGUAGAGCUGCUUGCAGAAAAUUGCAGGUGAAGAUAUUUGGAUUUAAUAACUUAUACACAUGAUUACCUUACACAUGAUUAGUUAUAUUUAUAUUAAAAUGGGAAAUUCCUGCAGUUUCUUUGUAAGUCGAUGAACAAUAUUAACCUUAUAUAACUGAACUCUGCUCUUCUUGAAAUUAAGUUGCUUGUUUAGAAUCGCCUCUUUAUAUACAGGAUUGGCAUAGAUUUAUCUAUGUUCUUUUCAAUGUUUAACUUGUCAUUAAUUUAACUUUAUCUUAAAAUGUGAAGACUGGUAAUGAAUGAUUACAUCUUAAACUGUCUCAGAAUAAAUACAAGAACCAGCAAAUAACCAUUAAUUUUGUCAGAAUAUUGGAUUCCUUUAUUUCAAAUAUUCUGUAGAAUGAACCAUGUGCUUUGUUCUGAGUAUUAGUAGAAAUGUACAAAGGAAAAUGGUUCAUGUUCUGAAUUUUAUAUUAUAUUGUAUACUUUUGAUAUUUUAUAUGUAUACUUUAUGUGUCUAAUUAUUUAUUAUACUUCAAGAUUCAUUCCAAAGAAGUUUUGUUAGUUUACCAUAGCUACUUUUUAUAAAAUGGUUUACUGUCUCUUUAAACUUAUGUUUCAACUAAAAAAAGGAGAGAAAUUGUAAUACUGAUUGUUUUGCAUGAACAAUGAAAUGAAAAUGUUGUCAAAUCAUAAAUCUUUUCUAAGUACAGGUUUUGUUAAAGUUUUUUAUUAUUAUUAUUAUUAUUAUUAUUAAGGCUAAUUUAUUCUAUACUUCAACAUCAUAAAAUUAUGCCACAUGACUUGUGACAUAAUUUUGAAAUUUUAAUCUAUUGCAUGUUUUGAAGCCUGCUUCUUGUUCCAGUUUGAAAUCUCUCAACUGAGAGUUAUUGCAUCAUAAUUAGUGGUAUUUAAAGAGUUAAUUUGUUUGACUUUUAUUUCCAAAAUUUUAUUUUAAUUCUAUGCCUUAACACUAUUCAGUACUUUGAGAUGAGGAGGGUAAAAGAAUGAUUGUAGAAUCACUAUCAAAAGUUUCAAUUCUUGGUACUAACAAACCCAAUGUAUUAGCAUUCUGUACCUUUGUGCUUGUUUUAAAUGAAAAAACAAUUUUUGAUAAGCAGAAGAAAUAUUAGUAUAUUUAUACCUUUUACUUUAUUUUAGGUUUGUUAAACGGCAAUUCCAGAUUUUGAAAUAUACAUGUUCUCUGUUCUUUGUAUUUCUAUUGAAUAUAUUGUUUAAGAAAUUGUUAAUAUUUAUAAUGCAGAAUUAUAUUUAAUUGUCAUAAAUUGAAUAACCUCAUUUGAGAGUAAGAACUAAAAUACUUUUUGUUUAAAAAUUUAUGUAAUUUAGAGAAAUUAAAGAAAAUAUAGGUUAUUAUUCUUUAUCCACCAUAUAAACUUCUUUCGGUGGUAAUUCUUGAAAUAUUUAGCUAUCAGAUGUAUAUUUAAAGAAUUUGUUUACAGUUUAAUAUAAUUCCUUAAAAAUAUUUAAAACAUUUUAUGUAUGUUUUUAGUAAAUAACUAAAGGAUAUUUUGAAUUAGUCACUAUCACCUGCACCUUAAAAGUGUUUCUGUCUGGUUGGAACUGAACCUCUUCCCUUUAGAGAGUCUGCAAAUUAUGAUCAGCAGUGAGAUGUUUUGAUUUGUCAUAAUUACCAUUUCUCUAUGUGUGUAAAUAAAUAAUAAAGAACACAUUAAAUAUC